AUGCCGCUAGCGUCGGUGGUGGGGACGGCCCUCGGCGGCGCGGCGUCUGGCUCAGGCGAGGCCGGAUCCGCCGCUGGUGCAGACACACUGCUCCUACCGCCGGCAGCCACUCCCGCUCCGACGUCCAGAGCGCCGCCGCCCCAUCACCUGCCCUACACCCACGCCGCCGCCGGGCAGCCACCGCGGGAGGCUGGGGCCGGGGCCCUGCCUGCGCCCAGCCUGCUGCCGGCGAGCACCCGCAGCCGAUUGGCCUCCCGCGCCGAGACCGCCUCCCAUCGAGGGCCGCCUCCCACGGCGAGGCCACCUCCGAGCGCCGGCUCCCAUGCUGGGUUGCCUCGCGGCGAGGCCGCCGCACGCGCCGAGGUCGUGACGACGCUGCUGCUACUACUCCCGCUGCUCGCGCUCGCUGCACGCGCUGACGACGAUGGCGGCGGUGAUUCCGAGGCCGCGGCGGUGUUGCCGGUAGAGGCGGGGGCCGGGGUGUGGAGGGCGCACCCUGCUCCCGCCGCCGCCGGAUGCUCCGGCCCCGGCGUCCAUAGCUGCGCGCUCGCCUCAGAGGUCGCCACGAGCACCGACGCGCCGCCUGUGCAGGAGCCACGAGCCACGCCUCCACCCUCUGCAAGCUCCUCUCGUGGUGGGACACGAGCGGCAGCGGCGGUGCUAGCUCCGCCGUGUUAA